GACAUUUUUCCUCCACACCAUUUAUCUUGCAUUAUUGUAUUGUUUUCGCAAUUAGCGGCCAUUUUCUUUCUCGUGAUAGAAAAAAGAAUGGCUCUCUCUGGUAAGAUAGAGGCUGAUGUAGAAAUCAAAACUUCAGCUGGCAAGUUUCAUGAUGUAAUGGGUGGCAGACCACACCACUUGACCAUUGCUUCACCUGAAAAAUUCCAAACAUGUGAUUUACAUAAAGGUGAAUUUGGAAGAAAGGGCUCUGUCCUAUACUGGAAUUACGUUCAUGAUGGGAUUGCUAAGGUCGCAAAGCAGAUUGUGGAAGACAUAGAUGAUGUCAACAUGUCCGCUACCUACAAAUUCAUUGAAGGAGAUGUGAUGAAGGAGUACAAAAGUGCCAAACUUGUUGUUCAGGCUAUACCCAAGGGCGAGGGAAGCACCGUGCAUUGGAUCCUUGAAUACGAGAAGCUGAAUGCAGAUAUUCCUGAUCCAACUUCCUUACUUGAAUUUGUAGUCGAUUUCACCAAAGACAUUGAUGCCCACCUUGCCCAAGCUUAAACUCCACUCUCUAUAAUAAUCAAUAACAUGUGCGCUAAUGUUCGCUAGGCAUGGAUGUCCGUCGGCGCGCAUAAAUAUGCAAAUAAGUUUUGUGUGGGUAUUAUUGUUUUACUAUAAUAUGUAAUGAUGUAAUAAAUAAAUAAACAUGCUUUCAUUUUA